AUGUCUGGUAUUUGGAAUAACCCUUCCACCCAAGAUAACACUGGUAGUGCUAAUGUUGAUAGAAAUAAUAAUCGUAGUAAUAAUUCAACAGAAAAAAGAGGAUUACCAGGGUCUGCCUCGUCUGACAAGGAAAUACAAGACAGCGCUUCCAAUCGUAACGAACAAAUUACAUUGCCAAGCAUAAAUUCUCAAAGCUUCGCUCAUGUUGUUAGCAAUACUAAUAACUCAAGCAACAACAUAAGUGACAAUAAUAGUGAUAAUAAGCAUAAUAAGAAUAGCAACAAUAACAAUAAUGGCGCCACGCCAGCUUCCAUUACAGCAACAACACCUUCUAUCUUUCCGGCGAAUUCUAACAAUAUCAAUAAGAAUAACAUGCCAGUGCUUCACUCUGUUCAGACACAUCAAUCACCUAUGAACAAUCCUUCUGUCUCACCUGCCCGCGCUGCUCGCGCUGCUAAUACUUCAACUACUACAGCAACAGCAACAACUAACAACAAUAUUGUCGAGAGUAACCGGAACAAUAAUGUUUCUCAAUCUCAUCCUCAAAGAAAUAACUCAGCUAGUGCGGGAUUCUCCGUUGCUAGUUUCGAUAACCCAUUGCCUUCUAGUAACAAUAAUGAGGUGCCACCUCCUGUGGCUCCUACAGUUCCUCAAUUUCAAUAUAUUCAGCCUCAACCCCCAGUCAUUCAACCUCCAAAUAUUCAACAACAACAACAACAACAGUCUUUGCCACAUCAAUUAAUCCAAUCACAACAGCCACAACUACAACAGCAGCCGCAACAACAACAAUCAGAGGAAGACCCAGAAUAUAGACCUUUAAAUGUCAAAGAUGCAUUGUCUUAUCUUGAACAAGUCAAAGUUCAAUUCAAUUCUCAGCCUGUAAUUUAUAACCAAUUUUUGGAUAUAAUGAAAGAUUUCAAGUCUCAAACAAUUGAUACUCCAGGAGUCAUUGAAAGAGUAUCAACUUUAUUUAAAGGCUAUCCCGUCCUAAUUCAAGGGUUCAACACUUUCUUACCACAAGGUUAUACGAUACAUUGUUCUGAUAAUCCUGACGAUCCUGUAAGAGUUACCACUCCAAUGGGUACUUCAACUUAUACCAAUUUACCCAAUGUGGAUAACACUAACGUUUCCCCUACUUUACCAACCGUUCAACCUCUACUUCAACAACCUCAACCUCAAGGAAAUAAUGACACUACUAACGUAAUCAAUAAUGCUGCUAACCAACCUCAACAAGUACAUGCGCAAACACACUUACAAGAGCAAACCCAAGCUCAAACUCCAGCAGAUGCAGAUGCUCAAGCUCAAGCAGAGGUUCAGGCUCAGGUACAAGCCCACGCUCAGGCACAAGCCCAAGCACAGGCACAAAUGCAAGCUCAAAAUCAAAACCCAGAAGUGGAAUUCAGCCAAGCCAUAAACUACGUUAAUAAAAUUAAAACAAGAUAUGCAGAUCAACCAUUCAUUUACAAACAUUUCUUAGAAAUCUUACAAACAUACCAGAGGGAAGAAAAACCAAUUAGUGAAGUUUACGAACAAGUAACCGUGUUAUUUAAUGAUGCCCCUGACUUACUGGAAGAUUUCAAGAAAUUCUUACCAGAAACUCCUGCUAAUAACCAACCAGUGCAGCAACCACAUGCACACCCACAAUUACAGCAGUUACAACCAAGAAUUCCAUCCAUCUCCCAGCAGCAACAACCUUCUCAGCUAUAUCCUUUCUCCAAUAAUGGACCAGUACCUUCUGGAUUCUAUCAAAUCCCGCAACAAAAUUUACCACCAAUUGGUAGUUUUUCUCCACCAACUGCUACUAACGCUAACGCUACUACUACCCCUGCAGCUGGUACCGUGGUCAAUAAUUUCCGCCACGGGAUUUCAAUGCAGACAGCGUUACCAUCAAUGAUGACUCCCGAUACUGAAGCCAUCCCAAUUUCAAACUUAAGAUCAGUUGAUGGAUUUCCUCCCUCUUCCGGUGGUGUAAUACCUAUGCCAAACAAUCAAACCGCUGAUUUCCAAUAUCAACAGCAGCAACCUCAACCUCCAUUAACCAACCGCCUCCCAGAUCAAUUCCCUCUCGAUCAACAACAAUCUCAACAGCAACAAGCUCAACAACAAGCACAACAACAGCAACAGCAGCUCAUAUCAGAAGCCCCAACUAGACCAGAAAUUGAUUUAGAUCCUAGUAUUGUUCCGAUAAUUCCUGAACCAACUGAACCUAUAGAAAACAAUAUCACUUUAGUCGAAGAAACAUCAUUUUUCGAAAAAGUUAAGAAAUUUAUCUCCAGUAAACCAAUCUAUAUGGAAUUUUUGAAAGUUUUAAACCUAUAUUCACAAGAUUUAUUAUCAACAAACGAGUUAGUCACGAGAGUUGAUUAUUACAUUGGUUCCAAUAAAGAAUUAUUCGAUUGGUUCAAAACAUUUGUCGGUUACUCUGAAAUCCCUUCCACAAUUGAAAAUAUUAUUCAUGAAAAACAUAAAUUAGAUCUGGACCUUUGUGAAGCUUACGGACCAAGUUAUAAGAAAUUACCAAAGACUGAUACUUUCAUGCCAUGCUCAGGUAGAGAUGCAAUGUGUUGGGAAGUCUUGAAUGAUGAAUGGGUUGGACAUCCAGUUUGGGCAUCUGAAGAUUCAGGAUUCAUUGCUCAUAGGAAGAAUCAAUAUGAAGAAACAUUAUUCAAGAUUGAAGAGGAAAGACAUGAGUACGAUUUCCAUAUUGAAUCCAAUUUGAGAACUAUUCAAACUUUAGAAACUAUUGCUAAUAAGAUUAAUAAUAUGACUGCUGAAGAAAAGAAAAAUUUCAAAUUACCCGUCGGAUUAGGUCAUACUAGUUCCACUAUUUAUAAGAAAGUUAUUAGGAAAGUCUAUGAUAAGGAACGUGGAUUUGAAAUUAUCGACGCCUUACAUGAACAUCCUGCCUUUGCUGUUCCUAUCAUUUUGAGAAGAUUGAAGGAAAAGGACGAAGAAUGGAGACGUGCCCAAAGAGAAUGGAAUAAAGUAUGGAGGGAAUUGGAACAAAAAGUCUAUUAUAAAUCUCUAGAUCAUUUAGGGUUGACCUUCAAACAAGCCGAUAAGAAACUAUUAACUACGAAACAAUUAAUCUCAGAAAUUAGUAGUAUUCAAGUAGAUCAAAAUAAUAAACGAAUUCACUGGCUAACUCCUAAACCAAAGAGUCAACUGGAUUUCACAUUUAAUGAUCAUGAUAUACUAGUAGAUAUCCUAGAUUUGGCAAACGUUUUCAUCGAUCACACUUCUACUUAUUCAAAUUCAGAAAAGGAACGAUUAAAAGAUUUUCUUCGUGUCUUCAUUGGUUUAUUUUUCUCUAUACCAUCAAGUGAAAUCGAUAAGAAGUUGUCAGGAAAGAACGACGAAAAAUUUGAAAAAGGUUCAUCCAGCUCCUCUUCAACUUCAAACUCUACACCGUCUGCAAAAAAACGUAGUUUGGAAUUAGAUAUCCCAUUGGCUGAUGUUUUACGUAAAUAUAAAUACCAGAAGAUAAAAGAAAAAGUGAUCAACGAAUUAGAAAAUAAUAGCAAUGAAUACGAUGAAAGGGAUGAAGAAUUUGACGAAGAAUUAAAACGCCAACAACAAGAACAAGAAGAAGAGGACCACAUGAUUGAUGAAGAAAUGAAGAAACCUUGGUUAUUAGGUAGCGUCAUUGACAAGACUUCUGAACAUGGCUUGAUUGAAAACCGUCAUAUUUUUAACCUGUUUGCAAAUACAAACAUUUAUGUCUUUUUCCGUCAUUGGACAACAAUUUAUGAAAGAUUACUUGAAUUGAAACAAAUCAAUGAUAAAGUGACAAGGGAAAUUAAUAGUAGAAAAGUUACUCCAUUUGCCAAAGACCUCGGGUUAAUAUCUACUCAACUAACCAUGAUGGGCUUGGAUUUCAAAACCUCAGAUAGUUAUAAGGAAUUACUAAAUUUAACCAAAAGGUUAAUCAAGAACGACAUCGAACAUCAAUGGUUUGAAGAAAGUUUACGUCAAGCAUACAAUAACAAAGCAUUCAAGUUAUAUACAGCUGAUAAAGUAAUCCAAGCCUUAGUCAAACAUGCGAAUUCUAUAUUGACAGAUAGUAAGGCAUCUGAAAUAAUGGCUUUAUUCGAAAAGGAUCGUCUACGUUCAAGUACAACAACAAGAGACCAAAUAAUUUACCGUCUUCAAACACGUACACAUAUGACUAACACUGAAAAUAUGUUCCGUAUUGAGUUCAAUGAAAAUACAAACCAUGUUUGUAUUCAAUAUAUUGCUGUUGAAGAUUUAACUUUGAAACCAUCACCAACAACAAAGGAAACUUGGGAAUAUUAUGUCACUUCAUAUGCAUUACCUCAUCCAACGGAAGGUGUACCACAAGAAGGAUUGAAAGUUCCAUUCCUAGAAAAAAACCUGAAUCUUGAACUAGAGAACGCACAAGAUUUGGACAAUGAAACUGAGAAGAAUGAGUUUAUUGAAAAAAUAUCACCUGAAGGUAUAUCGACUUCAAAAUUGAAAAUUAAAAUUGAUCAGGAAACGUAUAAUUUAGAUGUUGAACCUGGCUCCUUUGAUGUCUUUUCCAGGAAAUCUUUGAAUAAAUUCCCAACGGAUGCCAAGAAAAUUGAAUCCUCAAUUAAGGAAAAGUCCGAAGCCUUUAAUAAAUUCUUGUCGAGCAAGAGAGGUUGGAAUAAUCAAUUUAAACCUGACCAAGUUGCUGGAAUAGAGGAAGGAUGGAAAAAAUUUCAAGAGACUGGUGAAUUUAUUCCAAUUCCAAAGCCAAUUACCACGGAGUCGACAACAGGAGUUAUUGCCGAACCAGUUAUAAAACCUGCCAGUAACCCAAUUGUGGUUACACCGGUUACGGCUGCUAUAGAAGCUGUCGCAACUGCCCCUAUACCGACUGAUAGUGGUGCUUUAACUGAUAAUUCAGACCACAAAGGAAAGGACGACCAAGAAACUGAAGGUAAACCUACUCCGAUAGAAACCAGCGCCAUAACCGAACUGCAGAAUUAA